UCCAUGUCUCGGUGCCGCACGCGCGGCCUAGCUACCUACUUGAUCUCCAUAUAUCGCGAGCCUAGCUAGCUAGCUCUCGCCAUUGCCGCACGCACGCGCAGAGCGACGAGGCGACACGUACGGUGCGUGCGUGAACAGCCGAGGAGGGAAGAGAAGAUCGACGAGGCCAUGGCGAGCGUGGGCGCGUUGCUGAUGGCCGCGGUGCUGCCUCCGGUGGCCGCGCUGCUGAUCGCGGUGGCCGUACGGGCGGCGGCGCGCGGGGUGGGCGCGCUGGCGCGCGCGCACUACGCGUGGCCGGCGGAGUCGCCGUCCGUGCAGGCGCGGAAGUGCGGCAGGAGGGCGGCGCCGGAGCAGCCCGACCACGAGCUGCGCGUGUCGCGGCACCGCGGGGGCGCGGCGGUGGAGUGCGCGGUCUGCCUGAGCGGCGUGGGGGAGGGCGACGAGGUGCGGGAGCUGCGGUGCCGGCACGUGUUCCACCGCGCCUGCCUCGACCGGUGGCUCGCGACGCCGCCGGCCACGUGCCCGCUCUGUCGCUCCCGCCUGCUGACGGCGCCGCCGGUAGAGGAGGAGGAGGAGGAGGAGCUGGACCUGGACUCCGACCUGCUGCUGCUCAUGGCGUACGUGCACGGCGGCCGCGGCGGCGGCAGAUGGUUCUGGUCGCCGUGAUCGCCCACCCGUGACCCAUGCCAUGCCCGAGCACCUCAGCACCUGUACGGCGUACGGACGCGUGUGCGUGCGUGGUGCACCGGCACGCACGCAUGCACGUACGUACGGUGGCCUGCGCGCACGUUCCCGGCGGUUUUUGUAUAUUGUUUUCUCUGAGCUAGAUCGUCCGUUCAUUCCUCUUCUCCUUUCUUUCUUUCUUUUCUAGAAGAUGUGGUUGGUGUACGCACGAGAGAGCGGUGGGAGGUAUGGAGCUUAGCUGGUUUUCUCGCA